UUACUAACCUAACAGCAGGAAAAUGAAGGUCGUUCUGUGUUUCGCAUUAGUUUUCCUUGUUGCAGUUUACGCAGAGAAUUGUAAACAAGCCGGGGACUGCUCUGUGACACAAUGUUCUCAAGGAUCAUUGACUUGUAUUGACCACAGAUGUACUUGUGCAACCAACACCGGCAACGCUUGUACCAUACGGGAUGAUUGUCAUCAACAUUGUCAAAAGCAUGGAGGACGAGCACAUUGUGUCGAUGGAAGUUGUACUUGCCAACAUUGAAGCGUUUUAAUAAAUAUUCGAUCUUAGUUA